AUGGAGAAGUUGCAGAUCGGCAACAUUCAAGGGAAGAAGAAGGGAGAAUCAGUCGUGGAGGCUCAGAUCAGCGAUUUAGGGUACGAUUGGGAGGGGCGGCCACCACAAAAACCGCCGGACUCAGAUCGUCACACGGUAGCGCACCGAGCGCGUACGGCGGCGGCGAAAUUAGAGACCCACGGCGCGCCGGCAUCGGGAAGGAGAGGGAAGGUUGUGGAAGGCGCACAACAUCUCACCGCAAGAGAUGGGGAACGUCAAGAGCAAAACGGGUUGGGUAUAUUUUUCCUUUUAAUGGGCCUGGCCCAACAAGGAAAAGAAAUAAAAACCAAGGAGUUCUGCUCACUGCCAGCAAAAAGAAGGAAGGAAAAGAAUAUAGUGGAUUUACUAUUUAACAUAGAGCACCAAGGCCCAAUAGAAUUCCACACAACCGGAUUUACGGGGUCGGGUCACACAGGAGGAUCCGAUUGGGACUGGGUCAAAGGACCAAAGGAAAACGGGUCUAUAGCAAAACCAGAAUUACCUGAGGAAGACGGUGAAGAAGUUGCAGAGGGAAACGUUCUUGCCAGAGAGGUAAACGAACAAGAAGAAGGUCAUGAUGGAGAGCUGAGUCUGAGGAAUUUUAACAAUCCAGCAGUGGCUAUGGUUGUUGCAGAGGUGAGUUUCUUUUCUGGAACGAGCUUGUAUCGGAAUCAGAAGCCUGGAGGCAGCCCCCCCACACGUAUAUGCCAGGUGGUAGUGGCAUCCAUGAGAAAGCACAGAUUUCAAUCACCUGAGAAUGUCAAAUACAACGAAUUUGGGACAGAGGGUAGGUCUCGUGACAAACUUUUUGGUCUUGUGACUUCAAGAGAUGAAAUUCCAGAGCUAUGGAAGCUUGAUGAAGUGAUAGAUCUUAGGGCUCCUAGAGGCAGUAAUAAGCUUGUUCCUCAAAUCAAGGAAUCAACAAAAGUUCCUGUUCUUGGACAUGCUGAUGGAAUUUGUAGUGUAUAUGUUGACAGGUCUGCUAAUAAUAAUAUGGAAAAGCAGACUGUUAGGGAUGCAGAUACUGAUUACCCCGCAGCUGGCAAUGCAAUGGAAACUCUUCUGGGACACAAGGGACUGUCAUGUAUUGGUGGACUUAAUGAGCUCACCCUUGAACUCCAUCGUGAAGGUGUUCAGCUGUUUGGCAGAACAAAAGCCAGUGCCUUGCUAAAAAUUUCUGAGACGAGCACUUUUCAUCUUGAGGACAGCUCAAUUGCUUGCACGGUUGUAAUUGCAGAAGGUGUGUCUGCGGCCAUUGACCACAUCAAUAACCAUGGAAGUGCUCAUACUGAAUGCAUGGUUACAGAAGACUCUGAAUUGGCUGAGACUUUCAUUAGACAAGCUGACAGUGCUGCUGCAUUCCACACUACAAGCACACGAUUUGGUGUUGGGCGGGUUCUGGGUAAUACUUCAUCACAGGAUCUACGAAUCAUUGCAAAUCUUCAUUGUUUGGUUCCCAACAUAUGUGAAGCACAAGAGAUGAACCUUUUUGUUCUCAGGGUCCUGGAAUACUUGCAAAUGGAUCUAUCUAAUUUGCUGCCUGGGUUUUCGUUUGCUUCUGAUGUUCCUAAAGCUGCCUCUGUCAGCAAGAAUCUACGCCCUUUACUAAGUUAUGCAGAAUCUUUGAUUACGAACUUUCUAAAUGAGGAGGAUGUACAUCUUCUAAGGGUGUUGCUUGGCGAAUCACAAUCAUUAUUCACUUCUCCUGGCAUUGGGAGAAAUGAGGUUCAGGAUAACGAAUUGGAAGAGUUAUCUUGGGAUAAGUUUUCUCAACUCGUCAACAAACAUUAUCAGGAGGCUCAUAGUGUAGUGCGAUGCUCAUCACUUAUACAAGAAGAACCUUCUGUACUUGGUAAGAAAGGGGGCAAGUUGAAGGAGAGAAUGUCUGAGACUUCUUUAUGUCCAAGCACAGGCCAGUUCGAUGAAGCUACUUGGGAAGACAACAUCACUAUCAAGAGUCAAUUCCCAUCUUUCAACCUUGAGGACAAGGUUGAUCUUUCAGCAGGUGGUAUUGUUAGGCCCUGGGAUUUCCAAGCAGGCCCAAAUGUCACUAAGGAGCCUUUGAUUCAUUAUUCAACCAAGGAAUAUGGAUAGUGCAUUCUAGAAGGGGCAAAGUGGGGAUUACUAGUAACUCCCUAACAGAAUAGAGAGAGAGAGGAUUAUGAUUGUAAUGGCCAUCUAACAAUAUAAAGGGAGGAAGGAAAGGUUGAGGGGGUAUCUUGA